CAGAGGAGGGUGUUACUGUACUUUGAAGGAACAUAUCCGGUCAGAGUAAUCGGCCCUUUUUCACUCAUCUGGAUCUGUUUGAGUUGCUGGUGUCUGGGACUCGCUGUUCCGGCUGGACUCUUUGUUCCGAACCUCGUGGCCGGGGCUUCCUUUGGCAGACUGCUGGGCGAAAUAAUUUACCCACAUUUCAAGGAUGACUGGUGCAGGCCAGAGAAAAUGGCAUUCUGGGGAUCAGUAGCAGUGCUGAAUGGCAUCGUGAGAUACUAUUUGGCCCUAACCGCGGUCUUCGUGGAGUCCACUGACACUCUGAUCCUCGGGUUCCCCAUCAUGAUCAUUUUGUUCGUUUCAAAAUGGGUCGGAGAUAAGUUCACCAUCAACAUUUACACCGAACACCUGAAACAUCAAGGACUUCCGUUGUUGCCCGAAGAGCCGCCAGUUUUCUGCGAUGGCAUUCUGGCCAAGGAAGUAAUGAGCACUCCAGUGCUGUGUUUGCACAGGAAAGAAAGGGUGGCCAAUGUUUACACUGCUUUGACAAAUACUCGGCACAAAGUCUUUCCGAUUGUGGACGGAUAUCUCGAUGACUGGGAUUUGACAGGAUCGGAACUGGGCAUGACCAUAGAUUGUGAGCACUUCAUGAUGAAGCACCCUUUCUUCGUUACUCCCGACCAUCCCAUUUCGAAGGUCUACAGAUUGAUUACAGGAGCAGGCUUGAGGCAUAUUGUUGUGCUCGACCACGAUUUCCAGGUCAGAGGCAUCGUCAGCAGAUGUGACCUCGCUAGGUACCAAGAAUGGCACUUUUGGGGAAAUUACGGUCUCCACAAGGUUCCAGCAAUUUCUUCUUGAACUAAUGUCGCAGGAAAAGCUCUCCACUUUGAAGCCAUGUUAGUUUAUUCAUGAAUUUCUCUUGAUUUUGUGAAUACUGCACGAUCUUAUGAAUAAAUGCGCUCGCUGUCAUUGGAUAUUGUAAUCACGAAGUACAAAA